ACUGCAUCGCUUCAUCGACAACCACACACUUCCUGACAACCACUCAGAACCGGAGCCAUGGGUCGUCUUCACAGCAAAGGAAAGGGUAUCAGCGCCUCGGCCAUCCCAUAUUCGCGAACAGUGCCCACGUGGUUCAAGAGCACCCCCGAGACCGUCGAGGAGAACAUCUGCAAACUCGCCAGAAAGGGUGCAACUCCCUCGCAGAUUGGUGUUGUCCUCCGUGAUAGCCAUGGUGUCGCCCAGGUCAAGGUCGUUACUGGUAACAAGAUUCUGAGAAUCCUCAAAUCCAACGGACUUGCACCCGAAAUCCCAGAAGAUCUCUACAUGUUGAUCAAGAAGGCUGUCGCUGUCCGAAAGCAUCUCGAGCGCAACCGAAAGGACAAGGACUCCAAGUUCCGCCUCAUUCUCAUCGAAUCCAGAAUCCACCGCCUUAGCAGAUACUACAAGACCGUCGGUGUUCUGCAGCCCAACUGGAAAUACGAGAGCGCCACUGCCAGCACCUUGGUCGCAUAAACCAUUCGCGUCCAAAGGCUCCAAUCACGUGAAUAUGGUUCAGGAAAACUUCAAGAUUAUCACAGGACAUGUUUGAGAGAUCAACAUGACUCUUGAAUCUCAAUCGAGGCAUCCCGCCACGUUGAAGUGACAAGAAGGGCGGGCAGGCCUACAUUAGGCGCUUGCAAGCGGAUCUCAUUUUAGUCGAUGAAAAGAAAAGAUGAAGAUUCAUCUUGAAUCAGAAUACUCCUGGUUCUCAGAUUUAGCAUGCCAAUCAAUUCUGCGCAAGGCAUUUUUCCCCUCGGCCUAGAUAGUUGCAUUGGUGUCGAUCAUUCUUUUCCUCCUCCUUACCUCCCCUUGCUU